AUGCAUGCGCCACCUGCUGCUCGCAGGCGAGCCAUCUUGCCACGGCAGUCUACCCCAGGGGGCGCGACGGACUCUGCAACUCCAACUCCAACGCCGACUGAUACAGAUAAUGCUGACCCGACUUCAUCCUCCACCUCCACAAGAUCUAGCAGCACACCGACUUCAACAAUCGAGUCGACCGAGAGCUCAAGUAGUACCCGGACGCCGACUUCAAGCACAUCAACCACGCCUACUUCGACUCCUACUUCCACACCAACCUCUACCUCGGAAUCUAGCACGCGAUCCAGCACAGAAACAUCGUCCACCGAGACCUCUACGACCUCUUCAUCUACGCCCUCUAGCUCUACAUCUACGGAAAGCUCUGCUUCAUCGACCUCGACUCCAACCUCUUCAUCUACCGAAUCCUCUUCAACACCCUCGUCUACAACUACGACCUCUGCAACGCCCUUCACGACCCUUUCAGCAUCUACUUCAUCCCCUGGCGCUAGCUUUACGACAUUCACUUCGUCCAUUGUCACCGAGAUAAAUGGUACCCCCACCACGGCUCCAUUCGCAAUAGUCACCGCUCUCAAUCCUGAUUCGUCAGGCGAUGGGCUCGAUAGUCACGAGCGGACAGCCGUCAUCGCAGGAGCGGCGGUAGGCGGCACCGCCCUACUCGUGAUCCUCUUCGCGGGAUUCUUCUACUACCGGCGACGUGUUGACAAGAAGCACUAUACCUCUCUUCAACGCGACCCUCCAUCUCGAGCUGCCUUCCUCGCCGACGAACUUGCGGCGCCUCCGCCCGGUGGAUAUCGCGACGAUCCCUUCGCGCCAGGCGGCGCAGCUAUCGGGGAAGCGUACGAGCUCCCGCCUCGGAUACACCGCUCAGGACAUUCGGAAAGCGGGAGCAUCUUCAGGGAGGACGUGUGGCCACCGCCGCAAUCCUCGCUGGAGGACCCUUUCGCUAGCACGCCGAAUCUACACGGCAUCGAGAGCUCAGUCCGUCCUUCCGGUCCUUCGCCUGCACCCACCCAAUCAACACUCGGUGUCGGUCCGCGCCCAGGAGCCCUCGACCCUCGUACGCGCGGGGAAUCAGGCGAUGCGAGCAUCUGGUCCCAAGCAAGCGCACCGCGUCCGAUGAGCGCGACAAGCCACACAGGGCUCAUCCCCGAACAUAACUCGCACGGACGCGACGCGUCGGAUACUCCGCUCCUGAGCGACGCAGCGAGCGCCAUCGAGUACGAUACGCGUCUGGGGCCGCUUGUACCCACGAACCCGGAUACACAUUCGAUCGACCUGCCUAGUCCGCCGCCGAGUGGGCUUCCGGGGCAUCCGAGCUGGUUGGAGAGGACGCCGAGGAGAGCGGAUGGGAGUGGAUGA